AUAAAUAGUUUAUUGCAUCCACCACGCGCUCGAGGGAAUCGAAGAAACAACGAAUACCAGCGAACUAAAUUAGAAGAAAAAAACAAUGGCGGAUCAGCUUACCGAUGACCAGAUCUCCGAGUUCAAGGAAGCCUUCAGCCUAUUCGACAAGGACGGAGAUGGCUGCAUCACGACAAAGGAGCUGGGGACGGUGAUGAGAUCGCUUGGGCAAAACCCGACAGAAGCCGAGCUCCAAGACAUGAUCAACGAGGUUGACGCAGACGGGAACGGGACAAUAGAUUUCCCGGAGUUUCUGAACCUCAUGGCCCGCAAGAUGAAAGACACUGAUUCGGAGGAAGAGCUUAAAGAAGCCUUCAGGGUUUUCGACAAGGACCAGAACGGUUUCAUCUCCGCGGCCGAGCUCCGCCACGUCAUGACAAAUCUCGGGGAGAAGCUGACCGACGAGGAGGUGGAUGAGAUGAUCCGUGAGGCUGACGUGGAUGGUGAUGGUCAGAUCAACUAUGAUGAGUUCGUCAAAGUUAUGAUGGCAAAGUGAAAAAAAAGUACAGAUUUGGUUUGUGACUUUUUAUUAUUUUGGUAACUCUGCUUCUCUAAAUUGCUGUCUUUUGUCUUUGGUUCGUGACUUUUAUUAUUGGUAAAACUCUGCUUAUCAUUUUAUUUCGUGCU